CAUAGCUCCAUCCCUUUGGAUAAUUCUCAGAACUCACACUCUUUCUUCUCUCAUUUUUGCUCGUUUCUUUUGUGAUUAAGCAAAGGAAAAUGGAGCAGAAGAGAAAUAAGCAUGCUCCAGUGCUCUUGUGGGCUAUUAUGGCUGCAUUGGUUGCUCAAAUUUUAGUCAUUCCCGUUGUGUCUUCAGCCACAUUCGAGGAUCAAAAGACCUAUUACUCUCCGGACCCAACGACCGGAACUCCACCCACAGGUUUUCACACUCCUCCAUCACAUGGUGGCGGCCAUAGGACCCCGACACCUUCUCAUGGAGGAGGAAGCUAUGGCGGCACGCCACCAGCUUGCAACUGCGGGAACCCACCAAAUGGAGGGCACCACCAUACUACUCCUUCUCCUCCCACCGGAGGUGGUGGUGGGUACUAUAACCCCCCUCCAAGCUCUAGCCCAACUACACCCACUAUUGUGAGUCCACCCACCAUUUUAAGUCCUCCAACCACUCCAAUCGACCCUGGAACUUCCAGUCCUCCAAUCUACCCCGGAACUCCAUCGAUUCCAUCACCUCCAUCUGGAGGAGGAAGCUAUGGCUGCACGCCACCAGCUGGAAACUGCGGAAACCCCCCAAGUGGAGGGCACCACCAUACUACUCCUUCUCCUCCCACCGGAGGUGGUGGUGGGUACUAUACCCCCCCUCCAAGCUCUACCCCAACUACACCCACCAUUGGGAGUCCACCCACCAUUUUAAGUCCUCCAACCACUCCAAUCGACCCUGGAACUUCCAUUCCUCCAAUCUACCCCGGAACUCCAUCGAUUCCAUCACCUCCAUCUGGAGGAGGAAGCUAUGGCUGCACGCCACCAGCUGGAAACUGCGGAAACCCCCCAAGUGGAGGGCACCACCAUACUACUCCUUCUCCUCCCACCGGAGGUGGUGGUGGGUACUAUACCCCCCCUCCAAGCUCUACCCCAACUACACCCACCAUUGGGAGUCCACCCACCAUUUUAAGUCCUCCAACCACUCCAAUCGACCCUGGAACUUCCAUUCCUCCAAUCUACCCCGGAACUCCAUCGAUUCCAUCACCUCCAUUUGCAUUUGAUCCAAACUCGCCGCCUUUUACUUGCAUUUACUGGAGGACUCACCCUGGACUGAUCUGGGGACUGUUCGGCUGGUUGGGAAGUGUCGGUGGAGCAUUCGGAGUGGCUAGCGUACCUGGGCUCGGAUCUAGCACGAACCUGCUACAAGCUCUUUCGAACAGCCGACCAGAUGGGCUCGGAGCACUCUACAGGGAAGGCACGGCUGCUUUACUGAACUCCAUGGUGCACAGAGGCUUCCCUUACACAACAAGGCAAGUUAGGGAUAGUUUUGCAGCUGCACUUAGCUCCAACAAGGCUGCAGCAGCUCAAGCAAAGCUAUUCAAGCAAGCUAAUGAGGGAAGAAGCAAGCCUAGAGCUUGAAUUACCAGUAACGUUUAUUCUGGAAUCUGAGUGACUGUGUGUUUUUUUCAUAUUUAGUUUCAUGUUCAUGCUGUAUUUCCUUAAUUUGAGUGAGGUAGUUCCGAUGGAAUUUUAUGUUUAUUCUUAGUUUUUAAUGUUAAUGUCACAUACUUUAUUUGAGAUGGAUACAAACACCGUGGUUUGUUUUA